UGUGUGUGUGUGUGUGUGUGUGUGUGUGUGUGUGUGUGUGUGUGACGCAUGUGCUGCUGCCUCCCUGUGUAAGCACUAAUUAGAGAGAGACGACAGAAAGGAGAGGAACGAGGGAAGAGAAGAGGAGGAGUGGUGAGUGGAUGGAUGCGUUCAGCUCUUAGGAUUGUGCUGAGGAGGAAAGUUCCUUUUCUUUUUCUUUUUUUCCUCUCUUAUCCUUCGAAUCUCUCACUUCUUCUAUGGGCCUCAGUGCUUCUUUUCAGUGGCACUCUGAGGGGUUUUCUGUGGACUGUGUGUGCCUGUGUUUAACAUAGUGAGUGUGUGUGUGUGAGCGUGCGCACCAUCUGAUAAUGUCCUCAUUGUGGCAUUGUGGCCCAGAAUGUACACACACACACACACACACACACUAAAAUGCAGAGUUCUUGUUUCAGAUCCACAUUCACUGCUCAAUUCUAAUUUUCUUUGUAUGGGUAACUGUUUUGUGAGGGGGGAGUGUGUGUGUGUUUGUGUUUUGUGUAUGUGUGUGUUUGUUACAGACAGUUUGUGCAUGUAAGUUUUCUCAUGAGGAAAUAAUAGAGCAGUUUCACCCUCCAACGCAAAAAUGUGACCACUUUCUCAUGGAUGGGGUCAAGUGCUCAGCUGGGAGCAGAGUGACCUGUGUGUGUGUUCAUGGUUUUAAGUGUUUGUUAUUGAACAUAUUAUGUGUGUUUGUUAAAGGUGGAGUCCAUAACCUUUUUUUCACAUUCAACAAAUUGCCCCUCACGGUCCUUUAGCUCUCUGUUUAAUGUUUGCGCUCAGAGAACCAGCCCUGGCUCUGUGGAUGUGAAACAAACAUAGUGUCUCGGACCGAACCAUAAACAAUCCCAGCCAAUCAACACAAGUCCGCAGUCCACACAACUGGCUGAAGCAAAACCUCUGGGUAAAGCAAAACCUCUGGGACAGUCUCAUAGCUCUCCACCCUUUCUCUUUAAUUACUUGGGGGCCAAACACACACACACAGACAGACGCACACACACACGCACUCCCCUCAGAGACGUGUGUCAGGAGUAUGAAUCCCCAUAGAUGGAUGCUUCUUCCUGGUCCAUUGUCAGCCAUUCCGUGCCAUCCUCCACCAUGCUCCAGUUUCCAUCCCCCCCUUGCAGACUGAAGGUUGUGGAAUGACACUGCUGCUCAGAGUAAACAGUGAGUCGGCACUGUUGUGGGUUCAACCCACAGGAGGAGUACCCAGGCCACAAGGGCUCGGCGCUGUGACUGUAAUUUAAGACCCUGUCGACGGCAAAUGGAAAAAAUGUCCCCGACUCAUGCCACGCAAAGAGACUGACACUCUUCUGGCAGACUUAGUGUGUUUGUGUGUGUGUUGCUGGAGAGACAUGAAUUGCAGCAGCCGUUAAUGGAACCAGAGUUUCAGGUUUAAACUGCUUCUUUCAUCAUUUCAUGGUAUAAAGACAAUGAGCUGGUCUGACUGGGGGUGUGCCUUCUGACCAAAACCAAACGCGACGCAGUGGAAACAGUGCUGAAUCACCGUGGCAACAGUGUGUGACUGACAGGAGGUUGUGGGGUCCCACAGCACAGUAAACAUGCCUGCCCUCUCUACGGGAGCCGGCAACGAGCCAGGGCUGUAUGAGCUGCUGGCCGGGUUGCCGUCUCAGCUGCAGCCUCAUGUCCAGAGCCCAGAGGACCGCUCCUUUCUCAACAACAUGUUCGGGGAGAAGAGCCUGCACUCACUCGUCAAGAUCCAUGAGAAGCUGCAGUGCUAUGAGGACAGCAGUCCUUCGCCGGUCCUACAGACAGCAGAAACACUCGCCUUGGAUUUGGCAGAGGAGCUGCAGAAUAAGUCUCUGACCGGAGACAUUAAAGAGCUGAUCAGACUGCUGUCCAAGCCUCAUAUCAAGAGUCUCUUGUCAGUGCAUGAUACAGUGGCUCAGAAGAGCUAUGACCCAGAGCUGCCUCCCCUGCCAGACGACCUUGACGAUGAGGAGGACUCCGUCAAGAUCAUCCGCCUGGUCAAGAACAAGGAGCCACUGGGUGCCACAAUAAAAAAAGACGAGCACACAGGUGCCAUUAUUGUCGCUCGGAUCAUGAGAGGAGGAGCAGCUGACAGAAGUGGUCUAAUCCAUGUUGGUGAUGAGUUGAGGGAGGUCAAUGGAAUUCCAGUAGAUGGCAAGAAGCCUGAGGAGAUCAUUCUCAUUCUGUCCCAGUCUCAGGGAGCCAUCACCUUUAAGAUCGUGCCGGGCAUUAAAGACGAGCCUCCCAUCAAGGACCCUAAGAUGUUUGUGCGGGCACUGUUUGAUUAUGAUCCUGUCGAGGACAAGGCCAUCCCCUGUAAGGAGGCCGGCAUGAGCUUCCAGAGGGGUGACAUCCUGCAGGUGAUGUGCCAGGACGACGCCACCUGGUGGCAGGCCCGACACCACUCCGACACCAACCCCCGCGCCGGCCUCAUCCCCUCCAAACAGUUUCAGGAGAGGAGGCUUGCUCUGCGACGACCAGCCACACUCCCACCACCUCAGAAGAUAUCCAGCCGAAGAUCCUACGAUGAGGCCCUUGAAUGUGCGGAGGAGACUGAAGACGACUCUGAUUCUGGUUCUAGUUUAAGUGGACAACACAUAGUGGGUCUGAGGAGGAGCUUCCGGCUGAGCCGGCGGGAUAAGAAGACCAAUAAGUCCAUGUACGAGUGCAAGAAAAGUGACCAGUACGACACGGCCGACGUGCCCACGUAUGAGGAGGUGGCAUCCUCCCGCAGGCAGCACGGCGCCAGGCACAGACUCGUGGUAAUAGUCGGUCCUACAGGUGUGGGUUUGAAUGAACUGAAGAGGAAGUUACUAAUAUCUGACCCACAGCACUUUGGUGUCACUGUGCCACACACAACCAGACCGAAAAGAAACCAGGAGACUGACGGAGUGGAGUAUCAUUUCUUCUCCAAACACCUGUUUGAGACAGACAUUCAUAACAACAAGUUUAUCGAGUAUGGGGAGUAUAAGGGAAACUACUAUGGAACAAGUCUGGACUCCGUCCGUUCCGUUCUAUCAAAGAACAAGGUGUGCCUUCUGGACGUUCAGCCUCAUACGGUAAAGCACCUGCGCACUGCAGAGUUUAAGCCAUUUGUGGUGUUUGUGAAGCCGCCCCCCAUCGACCGCCUGAGAGAGACACGCAAGAAUGCUAAAGUCAUCUCCGGCAGGGACGAUAAGACCUCCACCAAGGCCUUUACGGAGGAGGACUUCCAGGAGAUGAUCAGCAGUGCGCAGGUUAUGGAGAACCAGUACGGCCACCUCUUCGAGAAGGUCAUCGUCAAUGGCGACCUCUCGGCAGCCUCCAGUGAGCUCAAGCUGGCGCUGAAGAAAGUGGAGACGGAAGCACACUGGGUCCCCGUCAGCUGGACACACUCCUAGGUCUGAAGAGGAAGAGGAGGUCAACGAAGACGCCCGAAAGAAGGAUGGAGCAACAAGGGAAUGUCGAGGACAAAAAGAAAAACAACUUGCAAUUUUGUGAAUUGGGAGGGGAAAAGCAUGUGGACCGUGGUAUUUUAAGCUGUGGGAGAAAACAGUUACUUAGUUUUGGGGUCACAGGGGUCUUUUGCUGCAAACUGGGUGGUUCUGGGGUUGGGCCCGGUUCAAGGCCCUGGCCUUGGGCCCGGCUCGGGGUCGGGUCACGGGCCAACUGCUCUGAUUGACAUUGAGGAGCUGCAGUGAGGUGCCCGAGCCAGGCUGCCACUCACGCGGUUAGGCCUCUCCUUGGUGUAUUUUUAACGUCUAGUUUAUAGAAACCAAAGGGAUUCUUAUUAUUUUUUCUGUGGGCUCGGGUAACGGUUUACAUACAUGUCCAUGUAGUCUCUGAAUUGCGUGUAUAUGUGUGUGUGCGUGUGUCUGUGUCUGUGUGUGUGUGUGUGUGUGUGUGUGUGUGUGUGUGUGUGUCUGAGUAUGCAUGUAUGAGUACGUAAAUUAAAUAGAAUGCCUUCAGUCUUAAGAACUCCUGAAUUCUGGACGACGCGUCGGCCCUCCCCCUCGCUAACAUCUGGCCACAUAUAUGCACACGAAACACAAAACACCACAGAACACUGAGCGAACAGAGCGAACACUGGCAGACGGACCGGGGAGGGCGUGAGCGUUCUUUUUAUUUAAAAUGUGAAAGCUAAUAUAUUUUAGUAA